CCGUUUCUCACUCCGUUGUCUGGUGGGAGACGGCUUGUGUUGUGCCCUCUGCAACAUCCCUUUCUUCUUCUUCAUCUUUUGCGUCUGGUCCUGUGGUAAUCGAGGAGAAUCCAACGACAUGAAGGCCCUUGGUCUCCUGAUAGCACUCGCCUCGCUCGCUUGUUGCGCAGCGUCGCAGAGUUGCUUUUCUAGGCAAGAAAAGAAAGACCUGGCGAAAAUGAGAAUGGCAAAUCGGUGCAAAGACCCCACUGAAAGAUUUGUGCAUGUUCCAGUACCUGACGGUUUCGAAUACAUCAUGCCAAGCACGGUCCAGGUGAAACGUUGCGAUGGGUAUUGCUGGAUGAUGAACAGAGCUUGUCUACCAACGAAAAUUGAGAAAAAAAUGGUCAAGGUCCAGGCAACACGCAUGGCUCCGAAUAUGGUUACGGCAAUGGAAUGCCCGGUAGUGGAAGUGGAUGAACACGUUAGCUGCGGAUGCGAAUGCAUGACAUCUAAGGAAGACUGUUCAGAAAACCAGGAGUUUGAUGACAAGUCCUGCUCCUGCAUGUGCAAAGAGGACCUUCGAGAGAUGUGUGGUGGUGACAAAAUGUGGAGUUCAGAGAGAUGUCUUUGCAUUUCAAACGGGGUCCUUCAGGAGAUGGCUGGAGAUUUGGAUGAUUAACGCUGAAUGUACGGAGGCUCUCUCUCUCUCUCUCUCUCUCUCUCUCUCUCUCUCUCUGCACAGUCAUAUUUUGAACAAAGUAUGUAGUAUUAGUACUCAAAUGUAUUUUAGACCUUUGCGAUUAUUCGCAAAAGAUGUGAAUAUUUGUGCACACUUACACGAAUGCGGUUCUGCUAAACAUGUUUGGAUGAUGGCGUCUUGUGGAAAAAAAACUAUCAUUAUACUGUUCGAAUUUACAACUAAAGCCGAGGGGUUUAUGGUCCAAUAAAUUGAUCAAAGAAC